AUGGAGACGUCGGCGCCAAAGCGGCGCAAGACUUCGCCCACGUCCAAUGUCCCCGUGUCCGGCGGCUCGGAUUCGCACUCGUCAGACAGAGCCUCCACACGGUCGACGUCGACCCGGCCACCGCCCCGGGCCCGACGAGCCUCCUUUGCUUCACCGACCAAGGCGAGCCUCGCACGCUCAAACCCAGACAUCCUCGAGCGCCGGAAUGCCUCCCGGGCCGCGUCGCAGACUGGCGCACCCACCGAUGAGCAGCCUGCCAGUGCAGAGAGCAACGACAACGGCAACGGUGAGGGCGACGGCGACGGGGAUGAGGACGAGGACGAGAAUGAGGAUGAGGAGCUGACGGCGCAGCUGGAGGGCGCAUCCGAACACCGCCCAACAUCAGAUCCCGUCGAGCCCGAGCCAGGCCCCGGCCCCGAGAUCACGGAGCCGAGGAGCCCGAUCCAGAGACCCAUGGGCGGCAUGGGCGCAAGGCCGCGCCGGUCGCUUAACAAGCCCUCGCCGCGACCCUUGCCGCCGCCCUCCGCGCACGAGGAAGAGCUGCUGGACCCCUUCAAGGGACGGGUCCUCCGCCGAUCCCCGCCGCGCGGCGUGCUGCCCGCCCAUGAGCCGGAAGAGCCAGAGCUGCCCCCGACCCCGACGCAGAAGGGCAUCAGCGACCCUGCCGCCGCCAGCACCUCGCCCCUGGGCAUCCACAACACGCCGUCCAAACGACCUAGGAGGAGUAGGGCGCUUGCUGACAAGCUGCGCAGCGGGAGCUCGCCCCUCAAGCAGCCUCCCCUGCGCCCGCUUGACCUGGCCAAGGGCAAGCCGUCGUCCUCGCAGACUCUGGCGCAGACGUCACGCACUACAUCAAAGGGGGCGGAGAAGGCGACCUCUGGGACCCAGCAGCAGAGCCAGCAUCGGAAGCAACAGGAAGUUUCCCUGGAAACCCCUCAUCUUGGCCGAGGCCUCAAGGAGCCGGACCCUUUCGCCGAGAAGAAGGCCCUCCGAGACUCUUUGCAGGUAGAAGUAGCACAAUUGGUGGCCGACUUGGACGUUGCGCGGAGGGAGAAUGACAGACUGCACAGUCUACAAGAAGUGCGACGUUCACCAGUUCCGCAAGAACCUCAAGACAAAGACGCCCUUUUUGACCUUCUGCGACGCCAUGCCCUGCCUCCGGAAAAAGAGCGGCCACCGGAACCCUCGCAGUUGUGGUUAGAAGCUGCGCUGGACCCUAUGGCCUUUCUGCCUUUCGGAAAUCCAACUGCGAGUCUGCCGAACCCAUUCCAGCGCCCGGAGAAAGCCCCGGAGGAUCAACCAGAGCCCACGUCCCACCACCCCGUCUCAUUGACAGCCGACGAAGAGCUUCCCUACCUUCAGCUCUUCACCCCCUUGACGUUCACCUCGAGCACCACGCUCCUGCCGCAUAACCCGGAGGCAGACGGCGACGGCGAAGAGCACGCGCCCAUAAUACAGCGACACAGCAUGUCCGUGUCCUCCAGUCCGCGUGGGCUCUUUGCCGCCCGCAUCGACAUGCUAGUCAACACGAGGACCCUGACCAUCUCGGACCUCUCCGUCCCCAAGCUGGACCCCGCGGCGGCGACGGAGCUCGGCCCCUUCGUCCGGAAGAUCCUGGACACGGACGCGGCGCCCGUCAGCGCCCUGAGGCGGAACGUAAGCGUGCUCACCUGGGCCAUGGCCGAGUGGACAAGGCUGGCGAGUAAGCGCGCCCGCUUCUGGUGCCUCGUCAAUCGGGAGCUCGGCACGCGAGAGGGAAUACUGGAAUCGGUCAGGGACAUGAGAAGAGCGAGGAAGCGGAGGCGGCGUGUCGAGUCUGAGCCGGAAGAAUCCGGCGACGAAGGAGAGAGAGAAAAGAGGGGAUUCCGGCGAGCGGACUUCCUCCCUUUUCUUGGGCGCACGAGUCUGGACCUUGACCUCGGCCGUAACGGGCAGGGGGACCAGGGCCUGGGGUUGAGGGUCGAAUGGAAGAUCGGGUUUGACUGGACCGGAGAGGGGAACAGCACGAUUGGCGUUCUGGUCCAGGCACCCGGCAAGUGGCAUAGCCGUGACGAUAGAGGUAGUUUGGUAGGGAUGCCCGAGCUGUUCAACAGGCUCGUCCAGGAUGGGGGCGAGCCACUGGACGCACUCAAAACCGUCGUUGCACUGCUCGUCGGCGAGGGGAAGUAG